AUGGCGACAGACGCUCAAAGAUUAAUAAGUAUUUCGUUGACGAAGAUAGCACAAUCGAGGGCACAACGAGGAGGUGUCAGUUUACACAAAAAUCUUCUAGUGGCCACCGUCCUUCAAAAAGCCAGGUACAUAUUUAUGGAAGAAGCAUACCACAUGGUCCAUAAUCCGCCUGUAGAAUAUCCCCAGCCUCAGCAGCCUUAUUAUGAAGAAAUUCCACAAGAACAACCUGAAGAGUUGAACUUCUUCGCUCCAAGUUCGCCUGUGUGUGUUAGGUGUCCCCCCGAGUGCGAUAAGGAGAACCAAGCUCCCGUCGAAGCACCUACCUACCUUGAUUUGGACAAUGAUAAACAGACAGUGCUCCGGUUAAGUAAAGGUACCAAGAGGCGGAGGGUUGCGGAAUGGGAGACCGAAGAAGCUGUCAUGUCUAUUCUACCCAAGAAGGCGAGGACGGAAGAAGAAGACAACGUAUUCCUGGACGACGGCCUGUUAGACGAAGGAGGAAACACGACGAUGGAAAUUGACAGAAUAACCAGCCUUGUGUCCAUUUUCAGUUUCGGCGGACUCUCCGGAGACGGCAUCAAACUCACCAGGUCUAGUUCGACACCCGAUCUGUGUUCUGCUCAAGCUAAAGAAGUCGAUUCUUUACAACAGAGGCCAUUUCUGGCAAUGACUGUUUAA